AUGUGCUACCGACAUAUUCCGGCCACGGCGGCCAGUCUCAUUGAGACUAGCCAACUGCGCAGGAAAUAUUAUAGUGCACAAGUGUACGCGCAGACACAACGUGCACUCUCUAUUCCUGUCACUCUCAUACUCCGGUGGGACGACUACUCGACACGACCGGCGAGAGUUAAGGCGCUGGACCGACUGGUUUACCUGCUCUGCGAAGCACGGGGUGAAGCACAACCCACAUCCAAACUUCGGGCAGUUACUGAAUCUUAC